AUGGCUUCUUCUUUGGCGAGCGCCCUUUACAAAGUGGGCAGAGUUUUCCGGUACCUUGGCCGAUCAGUGAAGGCAGCAGAGCCAUGCUGUGGAAUCGGGGGACUGCGGACUUGGACAGAAGCUUCAGGCGUGCAAUACCAGUCGGUUUGCGCCUAUGAUUUUGACGCCGACAUCGAAGACUUUUACAAUUCUUUGGGGCAGUCAGGGGCACUUGGCCUUGAAGCUGUCUUUUGUGGCCCAGAGAAAGGCGAUGUCACAAAAGUGGCAGAUGAUUCUUUGCCAGAUGUGGAACUAUUUCUAUCUGGGCCACCAUGCCAGCCCUACGCACCCAACGGGAGGGGUGCCGGGUUUGCUGACCCCAGAUCAGAAAUUUUGGAAAUAGCCGUGAGAUGGAUCAUCCACCAGGCUUGGCGCGGAAGCUUGGUGUGUUUCCUGCUUGAGAACAGUACCGCCUUGGCAAGCCACAGCUAUUUCUGGAAGCUGAUCGACCUGAUUGUCUGCUGCUGCCCCUUUUUUCGAGUGGAGGUACUUGAACAGGAUCUGCAGGUCCUGAUGCCUCAUUCAAGGCCCAGGCUUUGGGUCAGAGGUCUUCGAAUGGACUGCCUUGAUCACCCCGAAAGUCCAUUACCAUCACCAAAAGUCUUCGAAGAAAUCUUUGACAAGAAGCAGUUUUUGGCAGACUACUUGGACGACAGCUUGCCCAAUUUGGACCCUAGCAGUUUGACCGACACCAUGAGGGCGAACUUGGCUUUGUACAAAAAGUUGGCUGCAGAAGCGAUUGAGAAGGAUGGGGUGACCGCGCAGGUCAUGUGCAUAGAGCUUGACAGAAACCCCUUGCGUCAGUAUGGGGGAGCAUUGAGCUUUGAUGCCAUCCCUUCUCUCCGCACUCAAGGGCCAAAGGUGUUUUUGGUGAGCUUGGCUGACCUGAAAGCUUCAUGGGAGAAGCAAAGAUUUCACAGGUACUUGUCCACCUCUGAAAGGCUCAAGCUUCAAGGACACAGCGAAUCGUUGACCAAGCACUUCCGAACAGAUGCUGCAGCCACAAAAGGUGCAGGGAAUGCCUUCAAUGUUUUGCAGGUAGCCUGCAUGGUCUCUCCCUUGCUUGAGGCUGCUGUGCGAGCAGGGGUCCUCAGGAGGGAGGGAGUGCAGAAGCUGUCCCAAACCGAACUGGCGGCGCUCAUUCCGAGCAGUGGGCCUUUAGCAAGCCCAUCUUUGCAGCACGAGGCAGCUGAGACAGUGAUCCAGCACAGGCGUAAGAGAAUGAGAUGCUAG